UAGUUUCCAUCAACGCGCAUGCGCAGAGUUCUCUUCCUGCGGCUUGCCGUAGUAAAGCGAAUGUCAUCUGAAUGAGAAUGACUUCUCUCAGACUGGCGUCGCUGUUCGCCGCGGCUCCCGGGUUAACGGCCCUGAUGAGCGGCUCGGUUCUGGCUGCCAGCGAGGGGAAGAAGAAGAACUCCCAGGCCGCUCUGAGCAUCGACGAGUUGCCGUCUCUGUACACCAGACCCGAGUCGACGGCGGCGCCGCUGGAGCCGGAGGCGGGCCAGCUGGAGCAGAGCGUGGCGUCGAUGAGGGAAUGGGCCACGCCGUACACCGACAGCUGUCAGCAAAAUGUCCAGCUGGCAGUGGAGAAAGCUGAGCAGGUGUACAGAACGGCGGAGCCGACAGUGAACGCAUCGUUAUCGACCGUCAGAGAAACGUACCGGUUCCUCAGCGACCCGCCUCCGGACCUCUACCCCAGCGCCGCCGCCAUCGGUUUCUCCGGCUUCCUGGGACUCUACCUGGCCAGAGGCUCCAGGCUGAAGCGGUUGGCGUUUCCUGCGGGCCUCAUGGCGCUCAGCGCCUCCAUGUUUUACCCCCAGCAGGCCGCCGCCCUGGCCAAGUGGAGUCGAGACCAGGUGCUGACCUGGACUCGGCAGGGCCGUGUUACCAUGGAAACUCUGUGGAAAGAUCCCCCGUUUAGCAAGAAAAAGGCGGUGAAACCCGGGAAGUCAGAAGAACCAGAGAGCAGAAACAGCUGAUCAGCUGCAGGUCGCAGGAACCCGAUCACACGAACCAAACCGGCGCUCUGAAGGACGCCGGCCUUUUCCAGGAAGCAGUUUCUGUCACUGUGGUUGAAAUUUGCUUCUUGGAAACGGUUCUUCCUCCUCUGCUCUUCAUCGUUAUCUCUCUCCUGUGGUCUGAGUAACAUGGCGUCCGUAAACCCCCGGCGCCGCCGCGGCUUCAACCCGACGCUAACAUCAACUCUCAGUUCCCUGGAGCGUCUGCUCUUCCUGAUAACUGGGAAUCAUCUGCAGCUCUUUGCUUCCUCACUGGUUCUGUCCAAACCAAACAACUUCUCUGUUUUUCUGCAGCACACCUCACUGCCGUCUCACUCCUGUUGUUUUACUAAACAUUUACAGCUAAAUACAUUUAUAUUAUGAAUCAAAAAAUAAGUGUGUGUGUGUGUGUGGUUGUGUGUCCUGUCUGUCUCUGUGUU